UCCGAUUGGUCGGCCGUGACAAAAUGGGUGGUUCUACUACAGGAACGUGAACGCCUACCGUCUGGUGAAAGCGUCAACGUCAAUAAGCUUGUAUCGACUGUUUAGAUCUUUCUCAACAUCCACUGAUAAAAACGUCAGUGACGGAGAGCGACGGUCGUCUGCUACCCCAACCCUAAGAUUGAGCUUUUUGCAGAUACGAACUCAAGGGCAGCGUCAAACCGUGUUCAGGAAAUAUGAACUCCCUACCGGGAAGGAGUGUGUCGCUGUGCAGAAGCACCACAGCGGGCGCUAUGAGGGUCCUCAUGGGUGCACCAGGUCACCCUGUCACCAUAGCCUGUGUGACUUGCCUCGAGGCCGUCAGAGGGUGUCACUCGGGCUCCAAGGGCAGCGUCAACACCAAGAAGCGCGGUUAUGACAUCACCAGAAACCCACACCUGAACAAGGGCAUGGCCUUCACCCUGCAGGAGCGCCUGCAGCUGGGCAUCCACGGCCUGCUGCCCCCCGUCUUCCUCUCCCAGGACAUCCAGGUGCUCCGCAUCAUGAGAAGCUAUGAGGGCCGCACCCCCCUCGACAAGUACAUUUUGCUGAUGACUUUGCAGGACAGGAAUGAGAAGUUGUUUUACCGCCUGCUGACGUCUGAUGUAGAGGAGUUCAUGCCCAUCGUCUAUACGCCUACUGUAGGGCUGGCCUGCCAACAGUACGGACUGGCCUUCAGGAGACCACGAGGUCUCUUCAUCACCAUCCAUGAUAAAGGCCACAUCGCCACCAUGCUCAACUCCUGGCCUGAGGAGAACAUCAAGGCCAUCGUGGUGACGGACGGAGAGCGUAUCCUGGGUCUGGGGGACCUAGGUAGUUACGGCAUGGGCAUCCCCGUGGGCAAACUGGCCCUGUACACGGCCUGCGGAGGAGUGCCACCCCAACAGUGUCUGCCAGUGCUGCUGGACGUGGGCACCGACAACCAGGCGCUCCUGGAAGACCCCCUGUAUAUCGGUCUAAAGCACAAGAGGGUCAGAGGAAAGGAGUAUGAUGAUCUCAUCGAUGAGUUCAUGCAGGCAGUUACUGACAAGUACGGGAUGAACUGUCUGAUCCAGUUUGAGGAUUUUGCCAACGCCAACGCCUUCCGCCUCCUCAACAAGUACCGCAACCACUACUGCACCUUCAAUGAUGACAUCCAAGGCACAGCCUCGGUAGCAGUAGCUGGGGUCUUGGCUGCUUUGAAGAUCAUCAAGAACAAACUGUCAGACCACACCUUUGUGUUCCAGGGAGCAGGGGAGGCUGCACUGGGCAUCGCCCACCUGCUGAUCAUGGCCAUGGCGAAGGAGGGCGUGUCCGCCAUGGACGCUGCAAAGAAGAUCUGGAUGGUCGACUCCAGGGGCCUCAUCGUCAAGGGCAGAGGAAACCUGAACCAUGAGAAGGAGGAGUUUGCCCAUGACCACGCCCACGUCAAGACCCUGGAGGAGGUGGUGCACACCAUCAAGCCCACUGCCAUCAUCGGUGUGGCGGCCAUCGGAGGGGCAUUUACUGAAAACAUCAUCAAGGACAUGGCGUCCUUCAACGAGAGGCCCAUCAUCUUCGCCCUGAGCAACCCCACCAGCAAGGCAGAGUGCACCGCCGAGCAGUGCUACCAACUCACCGAGGGGCGGGGCAUCUUUGCGAGUGGCAGCCCCUUUAGUAAAGUGACCCUGGCUGAUGGGCGCUCCUUCAUCCCCGGCCAGGGGAACAACGCCUACGUGUUCCCUGGCGUGGCGCUGGGGGUCAUCGCAUGCGGGGUGCGCCAAAUCUCUGACGACAUCUUCCUCACCACAGCUGAGGCGAUAGCUGACAUGGUAACAGAGGAGCACCUAGCCGAAGGGAGACUCUACCCUCCCCUCAACAGCAUCAGAGAGGUGUCCUUUAAGAUCGCUGUCAAGGUGGUGGACUAUGCUUACAGACACAACAUCGCCUCCCUGUACCCGGAGCCCAAGGACAAGGAGGCAUUUGUGCUCUCCCACGUCUACAGCCCCGACUACGACUCCUUCAUCCAGGACACCUACAACUGGCCCCAGGACGCCAUGAAUGUCCAGAACGUGUGAACUCCAUCUCCCAUCAGCCACCUCUCUUUCUGUCUCCAUUGUUCGAUCACUCUCAGUACAGCACAAGGGAGCCACAUAUCAGAAACGCACCGCCGCCUCUUCUCUCCAGCACUCGCAUAUUUUCACCAAUCAUCACUCAACUCCUUCUGAAGUUAGGUCAUCAAUACGAGACACUCCUUUGCCCCUAGACACUCCCCAGUGCCCAUAGUAAUGCAUAGGAUGUACAUAUUAGUUGCAGAUGACCAGUAGUUAGCCAGCACAGAGAUACUUUGAAGGGUAUUUUUGAAGGUUCAGUAACUUGAAGCCUCCUUUGUCUUUUGUAAUUGGUUUGUUUGUCAUAUCCACAACAUUGUAUCCAUACAGUCGUACUUCCAGGUUAUAGUGCCACAUCAUUUCAUGUAUAAAUUGAGGCUACCCUCAAACUGUUCUAUACAUUCUAUUUCUAUGUUCCCAUAUUCUAAUACCUUGGAAUUAUCUGUGAUUGAUACAGAAUCUGGAGACAGACUAUUGACAUCACCAUAGCGCCAUGGUAUUCUAUCUGUGUCCUGUGUCACCAAGCCCCUAAUAACACACUCUAUUGAGCUUUCUAGGCCUGGUCCAGUCUGUGUGGUCUAGCUUCAAUAACUAACAGGCGAAACUCUAAUAUAAAUUACAUAAUAUUAUUACAAAAGGCUAGGUCUCUCAGGCAUCUAUUGUAGGGUGCAUCUCAGGAGUCUUACCUGGCUUCCUUCCCUUGACUCCUUCAUCUUUACUACAUCUGCAUCUGCAAAAUGGACAAGGGAAAGCAAAUUCCCAUUAGGCAUUCACCAUAUCGCCUUCACCUGUCCAUUGUUUUUUAAUUAGUCAGGAUGAAAGGAGAUGGGAGACGAGGACCCCCGUUUUAGACUAUUAAGAUGGGCCCCUUGUCCGGACAUCAACGCACAAACCCUCAUAAUGCCUUCCUCUGUUUGACCUUCUGACCUCACAAUGUCAUAUCCUGCAGUCUUUGGUUGGAGGAUUCUAUCAGAUAUUAGUAAGGAAUGAGAUGUACAAGCCAGUUCACACUGUUCAUUACCUCCUCAUUGAUUUUCAAGCGCAACUCCUUUAUAUUAUUAACUGACAUAUUGCUCCUUGUUGUCCCUGCAUGCUUUAGGCUACACUCCUGCCAAAGCCUGGGUUAGGACAGGGCCAGAUAGACAAUCUAUAGAACUUCAAGCCUUGUAACGUAACACAAGCAUGCAUAUGAAAUGGCUUGAUUAUCAUGUUGCAUGGCAGUGAUUGGUUAGAUUGUUUGGUAGCAGGAUGCAUCAUGGGACUAUUGUCUUUUAUACGCAGGUUGCACUGGGCAUAGCCCACUUGCUGAUAAUGGCCAUAAAGUUAUAAAGGAUAUAUUUUUUAAAGGAUAUAAAAUAGGGCUUUUAAUUUAUUUUAAAAAACACUCCCUGUUCAUCUUAUAUUUUUCCUCUAGACUUUGUCACUGAUCGCCUGUUUGAUAUGCGAGUGUCAGUAGAGUUUUAACGAGAUGCAUAGCUACAUGGUUUUAUCCCCAAUGUCACUACCUGUAGCAACUGACUUCAGGUCUGUGAGGUGCCGAAAGUUAAUGUACAGAGGUAUCUUUGAGCAAGCACUCGUGCAGUGUUUCCCAACCCUGGUCCUCCAGUAGCCCCAACAGUACACAUUUUCAUUGUAACCCUGGACAAGCACACC